UCUGCAGCCGCGGAGCCUCGGAGCUGUCCCCCGCGCGCGUCCCGCCUGGUCCCAGUGCACCGCCGCGCUCUCGCCCCCGCCAUGCUCCUGCUGCUGGGGCUGUGCCUGGGGCUGCCGCUCUGCGCGGGGUCUCUGGAAGACGCGCGGACCCGGGAUGACACUUCGGAACGAGUUGGACUCAGGGUGCCAAGGCAAGCCCGACUGUUGCAAAGGCUGAAAACCAAACCCUUGAUGACAGAAUUCUCAGUGAAGUCUACCAUUAUUUCUCGUUACGCCUUCACUACUGUGUCCUGUAGAAUGCUGAAUAGAGCUUCCGAGGACCAGGAAAUUGAAUUUCAGUUGCAGAUUCCAGCCGCAGCUUUCAUCACCAACUUCACUAUGCUCAUAGGAGACAAGGUGUAUCAGGGAGAAAUUACAGGGAGAGAAAAGAAAAAUGGUGAUAAGGUGAAAGAGAAAAGGAAUAAAACAUCAGAAGAUAAUGGGGAGAAGGGAACUGAUAUGUUCAGAGCCUCUGUCGUGAUUCCCAGCAAAGACAAAGCGGCCUUCCUCCUCAGUUACGAAGAGCUCUUGCAGCGGCGGCUGGGGAAGUACGAGCACGUCAUCAGCGUGCGUCCCCAGCAGCUGGUGGGGAGGCUGAUGGUGGAAGUGAACAUUCUGGAGAGGUCCGGCAUCGAGUCACUGGAGGUGCUUCCCUUACAGCACAGCAGGCAGAAGGGCAGCGGGAGAGGGGAAGAUGAUUCUGGGCCACCUCCUUCUACUGUUAUCAACCAAAAUGACACUUUUGCCAAAGUGACUUUUAAGCCUAGUGUGGUCCAGCAAGCCCGGAUUGCUCAGAAUGGUGUUUUGGGAGAUUUCAUCAUUAGAUACGAUGUCAACAGGGAGCAGAGCAUUGGGGACAUUCAGGUUCUAAAUGGCUACUUUGUGCACUACUUUGCCCCCAAAGACCUACCCCCUUUGCCCAAGAAUGUGGUAUUUGUGCUCGACAGCAGUGCCUCUAUGGUAGGAACCAAGCUCCGGCAGACCAAGGAUGCCCUGUUCACGAUUCUCCACGACCUGCGACCCCAGGAUCACUUCAGUAUCAUCGGAUUUUCCAACCGCAUCAAAGUGUGGAAGGACCAUUUGGUGUCGGUGACUCCCGACAACGUGAGAGACGGCAAAGUCUAUAUUCACCACAUGUCGCCCACCGGAGGCACAGACAUCAAUGGGGCCCUGCAGAGGGGCAUCAAGCUGCUCAACGACUAUGUGGCCCACAACGACAUCGAAGACCGCAGCGUGUCCCUCAUCGUCUUCCUGACCGAUGGGAAACCCACCGUCGGGGAGACCCACACCCUCAAGAUUCUCAACAACACCAAGGAGGCGGCCCGAGGCCAAGUCUGCAUCUUCACCAUCGGCAUCGGGAACGACGUGGACUUCAUGCUGCUGGAGAAACUGUCGCUGGAGAACUGUGGCCUCACACGGCGUGUCCUUGAGGAGGACGACGCAGGCUCACAGCUCAUCGGGUUCUACGAUGAGAUCAGGACGCCUCUCCUCUCCGACAUCCGCGUGGAUUAUCCGCCGGCCAUGGUGGAGCGGGCCACCAGGACCCUGUUCCCCAACUACUUCAACGGCUCGGAGAUCGUCAUCGCGGGGAAGCUGGCCGACAGCGAGGCGGGUCAGCUGCACGUGGAGGUCACGGCCAGCAACAGCAAGAAGUUCGUCAUCCUGAAGACGGACGUGCCCGUGGAGCCGCGGAGGGUGGAGGGCGCUGCGGGGGACCCCAGCCACGUGGAGCGGCUCUGGAGCUACUUGACGGUGAAGGAGCUGCUGAGCUCCUGGCGCCACAGCCGUGACGCGCGGGAGAAGGAGCGCCUGAGGCAGCAGGCGCAGGCCCUGGCCCUGGCCUACCGCUUCCUCACCCCGCUCACCGCCUUGAACUUGCGGAGGUCGGCGCUGCCCGCCGAGACGCCGGAGGCCGCCGUGGGCCCCGAGACCGUGAUGCAGAGCCUGCGGGGCGCCCCCCCGGAGCCAGGACCUGCUCUCCAGAAACCAUACAGCCCAAGAAUUAAAGUCUCCAAAACCUCAGUGGAUGGAGAUCCCCAUUUUGUCGUGGAUUUCCCCCUGAGCAAGCUCACCGUCUGCUUCAACAUCGAUGGGCAGCCGGGGGACAUCCUGAGGCUCGUCUCUGAUCACGCGGACUCUGGUGUGACCGUGAACGGAGAGCUGAUUGGGGCCCCGGCGCCCCCAAGCGGCCACAAGAAGCAGCGCACCUACUUCCGCACCAUCACCAUCCUGGUCAACAAGCCCGAGAGGUCUUACCUGGAGAUCACACCCAGCAGGGUCAUCUUGGACGGCGGGGAGAGGCUGGUUCUCCCCUGCAACCGGAGCGCGGUGGCGGGGAGUCGGGGGCUGGAGGUGUCUGUGACCGCUAACGCCAACGUCACCGUCACCAUCCAGAGCACCAUUGCCUUCGUCAUCCUCAUUCACCUGUACAAAAAGCCGGCGCCCUAUCAGCGAAACCACCUGGGUUUCUACAUCGCCAACAGCAAAGGCCUCUCUGGCAACUGCCACGGACUGUUAGGUCAGUUCCUGAACCAGGAUGCCAGACUCACAGAGGAGCCCUCCCACCCUCCGUUCCCGAAGGCAGGUGAGCCGGCGGAGACCAUCCUGAAGGUGAAAGGACACCAGGUCCCGGUGGUCUGGAAACAGCGGAAAAUCUACAAUGGGGAGGAGCAGGUGGACUGCUGGUUUGCCAGGAGUAACGCGGCCAAACUGAUCGACGGGGAGUACCGAGACUACCUAGCAAGCCAUCCUUUUGACGCACAGACGUCCUUUGGCCCGAGACCCUCCAGCGGACUCUGACGCCAGUGGCCAGGAUGCAUGAGAGCGUGACAGGGAAGUGGUCUUCGGGGACCCCGCGGCGCGCUUCCUGUCGCUUGCGCAUCCUCAUGUCUUGGCAGUUAGCUGCCACCCGUGACCUUCUGUUAGUGGCGUGGAGGUCCGCGGUCUGCUUGAGGGAAGGGUAGAGUCAGGCCUCGGAAGCAGAACUGUCAUUUCCUCUUACUUCCUCCUCCUGCCUCCACCUUCCCUCCAUCCCACAGAGAAAGAUGGUGGCUCCAAGGGGAAAAGGUCACACUGCGUCUCAUACCAACCAGCUUGUCUGUCUCGUCGCCUGUCGUAACUGAUGACGGCACAUUUGCCACAAAGCUCCCUUUCUCCGUGGAGAUGGCCAAGGCUGGGCACUCUGCUUCUCACCGUGUACCGGUGCUUAGGAAUCCCUCCUCUUAGAACCACUGUCUUCUCCAGAUGUGUAGCCUCAGGGGGACCCCUCAUGGGGCCCCGGCCACGGGCAGGCAAAUAGCUCAUAGAUUUGAUCACUGUAAACAAUUAAGCCUUUUCUUUGGAGAGGAUUUUCUCCUGCUGUGAUAUCUUGCCUUUGAAAGUGAGUUUUCAUUUAAAAAGAAAAAU